CAUACUAGUUGAAAGAGAUAUUUGCCAUGCUACUGUCGCCAGCAUGGAAUGCGGUGCCAACUCCCACCUAUUUCACUGGACGGCGCGGUGCUGUGCAGGUCUCUCCAGAUAGAUCCUGGCGACAGCCCAGUCGGGCGUGGCUGCUUUCCGUGUCAGCUUUGGGAGUCUUGAGGGGAAGAGUGCGCUUACGGAACAGCCGUGAUGCAAGGGAUGCAAUCAGGCAGUGCUUGCGAGAAAAUCGUACCAUGCCGGUCUUGCAAGCACUGCCAGAGGAUUCCCUGCAACAAAUAUUGGAUACUAUGCGGAGACUGGAACUGGAGCCCGGAGAGCACAUCUUUCAAAAGGGCCAGCCUGUUGAUGCUGUCUACGUGGUUGAAUCCGGUGAGUUGAGUGUAGUCAAGCCGUUGAAGCAUGAUGAAGAGGAAGAAAUCGAAGCUACGUCUUUGGGGCCUGGUUCGUAUAUUGGCGAGCUUGGGCUGUUUUAUGAUCGCACCUGCAUGGAAAGUGUCCGAGUUCGUGGUGACACGCCAGCUACUUUGUGGCAACUGCGGAGAGAGGACUUCUAUAACAUCAUCGACCGCCUAGCUGCAGAUGCCGAAGACUCAAAGGACGAAUGCGAGAUUGUGGACCUCGAGGCGGAACCUCCCUCGAUCUUCGUAGUGUCUGAUGGGUCCGGCUAUUCAGCUGGGGGGGCAGUGAGCCUGGCUUUGAAGCAAUUUGAAUACAGGUACACUGGUACAUGCCAGGGCGUUGACGUCACUAACUUUCCAUACAUCCGGUACAAGGGUGAGAUUGCUGAAGUGGCUCGUCGUGCCCGACACGAAGAUGCACUAAUUGUGUACACGUUGAUGCGGGAGGAGCCACGGAACGCAAUGAUUGAAGAGGUGCAACGAGCCAAAGAGAGCGAUAAACCGCUCCGUGCCGUUGACCUGUACGAGCCACUGCUGAUGUCCAUGGAGGAUUUGCUCGGAAUCCCCCGCAAGUCCGAGGUACGCGCUACUUUGCGAUCGCGGCUUUCAGACGAAUGCAUCAACAUGGUGGAGGCCAUUGAGUUUACUCGGAAGCUGGAUGAUGGAAGGCAUCCAGAGCUUUGGUCACAAGCCGACAUCAUUCUGAUUGGACUUUCCCGGGCAGGAAAGACUCCCUUGUCGUUCUUCCUGGCCCAGCGGGGCUUCAAAGUUGCGAACUAUCCUGUGAUCCCGGAUGAGGAGCCCCCAGAGGACCUCUUCAACCCGGAACAUCAGCAGAAGUGCGUGGCUCUCACAAUCCAGGCACAGCGCUUGCAUGCUGUCCGCCAAGCCCGGAUGACGGCCUAUGGAUCUGCCAAGUCGAUGUAUUCUUCAUUGGAGAACUGCCGGAAAGAGGUGAACUGGCUGAAGACCUUUUACAUGCGGAAAGGUCCUCGCUGGCCGGUGAUCGACACCACUAAUGGCGGCGUGGAGGAGACGGCGGCGAAGGUAUUGAAGAUCUUGCAGAACCUGAAAGGUGUGGAGAAGGCUACCGGCCAGUUUGCAAACCCUUCAAUCGAAUGAUCUGACCGGGUUCACCGGAGAUGUGAGGAUGUCUGCCCGUGCCACUUCAAAGAUGUGGCACAAAAUUGUUUGUCAAUAGAGCCACUCGGAUGCUUGUGAACAAUCCGUGGCAACGACAUCAGACCCAAGUUUUUAGAUUUGAUUGCUGCAAGGGAAGGAAUGCGCAAAAGAAGUUGCCGUGUGCCUUUCCUGGGGCUGAACCCACUGUGAGUGUGGACUUUGGCCACUUGAACAUCAAGCCGGAUCAGAGGC